AUGCCUUUUUGGGGGUCUGAAUCCCUUUUUCCCUUCGCUGUUUCUCAAAGUUCUGACGGGACUGUCUCAGUUUCUUGUAUUCAAGCCUGGUACUACUUUACCCACCAAAGCGAUCGGUGGCACCUGAAAGCCCUGGUUGGGGCUGUGAUGCUUACGGACACCAUACACCAAGGUCUCAUCACUCACACCGUUUACACGUAUACCAUCACAAAUUGGGGCAAUGUGUCUUUUCGUGGCGAGCUCGUUCGAACACUGUUGGUUGAGGUCUUAUUUAACGGACUCACCACGUUCAUGGUGCAAUGCUUCCUCGCAACGCGUAUCUGGCGAUUGAGCGAUCGAAAAGUGUGGCUCAUAGUCAUCGUUGUUUUACUUAUCUUCGGGGAGUUUGGAGUCAGCUUAGCUUAUACGAUCAUAUCGCUACGAUUUGAAACCUUCGCUCAACUCGCUCACCUGAAGGGACUAUCGCUCGCAACCAACGCUCUAGCAGCGGCGGCCGACAUCGUCAUCGCCGCCUCAUUGUGCACAAUCUUACACCGCUCUCGCACUGGUUUCCACAGAUCGGAUACAAUCAUUACUAAACUCAUGGUUUUCUCCGUCAAUACCGGACUUCUCACCAGCCUUUGUGCCUUAGCUUCCCUCGUUUCGAUCCUCGCGUGGCCGACAACGUUUAUUUAUAUCGCCUUUUUCUUCUGCAUAGGACGCCUCUAUACAAACUCUCUGCUCGCAACACUCAAUGCGCGGAAGAAGAUUCGUGAACUCUCCGACGGCAUUGAAAGCACCAGUGGAAAUAAUUUAUCAUUGAACUCGUUGGGACAGAGCAAGACCGGAAAGAUUUCAUCCAGUCGACAGCAGAAUAUCUCAAUCAAGAUCGAUACACAGAAAGACUUUGCCACGGAUUCUGGGAACGAUAUGGAAAAAGGUUCGGCUAUAAAGGUGGGUUCUGGAUACAUUGGAGCGGAGCCUGAGUAUGAAUCAGCUUGAAGCGUGCUUCGAAAGUUGGAGUGUGGUGGACGGAUUUUGAUGAAAAAAUUAUAUCUCAUUUAAAAGAAGAGAAUAUGCUGCAAUAAUUCGUUUUUAAAGAUGCAGACCGCACGGCUGCGCUACUAUUGCACUACUAUAU